GAUUAAUAAGGCGAGAAUAAAUGUUGAGGCGCAGCUCUUCCUGCGCAUAAACGUGGUGGCUGGCUUCUCAAGACAUCACUCGCGUGAGAUCGGCAGCAGCGAAAGUGUUAAUACGCAAUAUAUGUAGAGAGAAAUACCUAUGAGGCAAGAAUCAAAUUAUAUUGGAUACUUGUCAUUUGAUCUGCUUUAAACGGACCGUCAGUCUUCGAUCAAGUUUUUAACACGAACAAGAUAUACAUAUAUACAAGAUCAUCAAUUAUGAAAAUGCCAAGCCUUAGGAAUCUAAUACGUGCACCCAUAAAGUGUAUUUUCUGCGGUCAUCUUGUGCUUCUUUAUUGGAUUUUACAAAUACCAUACAUUACACAAUUUACACUUGUGUAUAAUUUAUUGUUCUUUGUGACACUAUUUUGGGCAACUGAAAAUACAGAAUCGGAUGAGCCUCUACAGUUUGCAAUCUGGAUAAAUGUUAUAUCUAUAAUAUUUGAGGGGUCUGUACUCAUAAGUUAUCCCGAUGGAGUCUUGUCGAGUUAUGGUUACUAUUAUGGGGUGACAUUAAUAAUGAGUCUUCUUAUGCGAAUAUUUACAAGCAUAAGCUUGUACAUGAUCGGACGAGCACGGAAUGAAGCUGUGGCUGGAAUGUUUUCAAGCAGUCCAAUGACGGUGACCAAGAUGGAGGAAGCAAAUGGUGCACAUUAACCCAUUCUGUAAAUCUGUGACUACUGGAAUUUAAUGAGAGCGAAAGGUUCAUCAGA